ACCCAGAAUUCUAAUUUGAAAUUCACUACACAGUGCCGAGUAGUUGUGAAGUAUCUUUAAAUAUUUAAAAGUUUAUUAAAGGUUCAAUUAAAAGCAAAGAAGAUUUGAAUAACAUGGAUUUGAGAUACAGCAGUUACGAUUCAUCUGAUGACGAGGGUGAAGUUGACUACGACUUGUGCACCAUUGAAAGAAGAAAUUCAUGCGCUUUACCGUUCGACCCUUCAUCUUUGGAAAAUAUAAUCUUAAAAAUUAGCGACCAAUUUGAUUUCCGCGUCUUAUGGAAAAGUCCUCGUGCUAAGGCGGCUUUGAUAGUAACCGCUGGACUGGCGGUCGCUGGAACUUUGAUUGGCAAUCAUUAUGGCGGUAAAACUGGCGCGGCUAUAGGUGGAGUCGUUGGAGGUGCUUGCGGUGCUGGGCUCGUCAUUGUUGCAAUGAGAGACGUUUGGAGUGAAAUAAAAUCAAAAUUAACCGAUGUAUUCGACAUGGUGUACGAUUACCUAGCUGGUCUGGGUUUCGACGAUUACAAAAAGGCUGCAAUGUUUUUGGUUCAAAACGGCAGUUGCAGUAAACAACUCGCAAUGCUUAUCCUUCAAAUAUCAUCUAGCGUUUUAGGACAGAAAAUUUUAUCCAGCUUAACACCAGCCUAACAAACUUGCCGGCAUUGUGUUGAUUACAAAACUUUAAUCAGUUAUUUUUCACUAUUCUAUUUUUAAAUUUCUCUUUUUCUAUUCUUUUGUGUUCUAUUAGAAGCAUGUCUCCUAACAAGUAAUCAAACACAAUGUAUUUUGAACUGUGAAACGCUAUUUUCUGAUAUCCCUGAUAUUUUCAUAUUUCCUUGCCUACAUUGACUUUAGACAUGACUUGGUAAUUGUGUAUUUCGUAGAAAUCACGACGACUGCUUAUUUAUUUACAACUUUUUGAUGACUGAAGACAUUUGUAAGAAUUUAAUCUUAAUGUUAAAUUCAAUAUUUACUACGUAAUGACGUGACGAUGUACUACGUAAGUUUAAAUGAGGUUCUUAUGUUUUUUUUUCUAGUUUCAA